UAAUCUAUGGUGAGGAGCUAGAGCGCAGAGGCAAAGCACUUGCGUCAUUUCACAGCGCCUGGAUAGAUUUCAUACUUGGCGCCAAUGAAGGUUGCUGGAGGUGGGGUGGUGUGCUAAAUGUGGUCGUAAUUACGAUAAAUUUAUUUUUUUACUAAAAAUGGAUAUCCGGAAUUUUUUCGCACCUUGUAAACCAGCUGCACCAAAACCGCCCAAGAAUGGCAGCACCAGCGUCGAUGAAGAUUUUAAGAAAAAGAAAAAGAAGUCUGGCUCCAAGGGUGAAUCGAGCCCAAAGGCUGAGAAGUCUUCGGCAAAACGAAAGAAGCGUGCUGUCAUAGACUCGGACUCAGAGGAGGAAAAGCCCGGCAAGAAGGCCCCGAAACCUCCCAAGGAGCCCGAGAAGCCCCUGAAACGUACAGCGCCGGUGAAAAAGGACCCGGUUCGCUAUGUCUCUGAAACGGAUUCAGAGGACGACACUUUCGUGUCCCUGAAGAAGCCCUCCAAACCCCGGGAGAACGGGCUCUCCUCAUUGAAGGGGGUGGGGCAGGGGAAAGGCAGGCCCCCUGCCGUCAAAUCUCCCCCGAAGCCCUCGUCUGCUCCGGGCAAGGCCGCGGUCAAGUCGCCCGUCACACCCACCACCCCCAAAUCGACCCCGCCCCAACCGAAGCACACCCCAAUCUCGGUUCUAGACUACUUUGGCAGCAGCAGCAGCAUCCAGCGGUCAGAGAAGAAGCUGGUGGCCAGCACCAAGAGGAAAGCUGACCACGACGACUCCCAGAGCGACGAGGCCAUCGCCAUGCAGCUGCAGAUGGACGAGGACAUGGAGCUGGAGAAGCAGCUGCAUGAGGAUGAGGAGUUCGCUCGGACGCUGGCCAUGCUGGACGAGGCCCCGCAGCCCAAAAAGGCUCGCAGGGACUCAGGGGAGAAGCUUGGCUCCACGUCCUCACCCACCAAGAGCAGUGCUGCCCCAGCCCAGAAGAGCGGCUCCUCACAUACAGCCUCCAGCUCCCACUCACAGCCCAACGGCAAAGCCCCUCACAGCCAGCAGGGCCCGGGUCCAUCCGCCAAGGCCGCCCGCUCGCCGCUGAAGACCAGCUCCAAACUGGCCUUGAUGAAGAAGAGGGACGAUGAAGAGGGAGCGAGGAAGAAGAAGGAGGCGCCCAGGGCCACGCUCGUCAUCUCGCCCAAGAAGGAGGCGCCCAGGGCCACGCUCGUCAUCUCGCCCAAGAAGGAGGCGCCGGCCUCCUCCAGCUCACAGAGACCAGGCAUCAACGCAGUGACCACACCCAAGAUGGAGAAGAUCUCCCCCAAGAAACCAGAGAGCGUGAGCCCGGAGGACUCUGAGAAAAAGCGUGGGAACUCUCAGGCGUAUCGCAACUACCUGAACAGGGAGGGCCCUCGAGCUCUGGGGUCCAAGGAAAUCCCGGAGGGGGCGGAGAACUGCCUGGAGGGCCUGACCUUUGUGGUGACGGGCGUGCUGGAGUCCAUGGAGCGGGACGACGCCAAGUCUCUGAUCGAGCGCUACGGCGGCAAGGUGACCGGCAACGUCAGCCGCAAGACCAGCUACCUGGUGCUGGGCCGAGACAGCGGCGCCUCCAAGACCGAGAAGGCUGAAGGAUUUGGCACCAAGAUCAUCAAUGAGGACGGUCUGCUGGAUCUCAUACGGACCAAACCCGGGAAGAAGUCCAAGUACGAGAUCGCAGCCGAGGCGGAGAACAAGAGCUCCAAGACCAGGACCCCUGAGCCUCAGCAGUCCAGGGCGAGGCGCACCCCUCAGAAGUCUGCCUCCAAAACACGAGCCACGCCCACCAAGAAGACCCCGACCAAGGCCACCGCGGCUACGCCCCCUGGGAGGCCGUCUCCGCGGGGCAGCCGGAAGGGGCUGUCCUUCGGCCGGGGGGCGGCCCCCUCUUCCUCCUCCUCUUCCUCGCAGUCGGCCGCGGCGAGCGGCGGGGAGGCGGCCAGUCUGCUGUGGGUGGACAAGUACAAGCCGCGCGCGCUGAAGGCCCUCAUCGGCCAGCAGGGGGAGCAGAGCUGCGCAAACAAGCUGCUCCGCUGGCUGCAGAACUGGCACCGGCAUCACACGGGAGACAAGAAGCCUGCAGCGAGGUUCGGGAAGUUCGGCGGGAAGGACGACGGCUCCGGGUUCAAGGCGGCGCUGCUGUCGGGACCCCCCGGUGUGGGCAAGACCACCACUGCCGCCCUCGUCUGUGAGGAGGUGGGCUACAGCUAUGUGGAGAUGAAUGCCAGCUGCACCAGGAGUAAGAACAGCCUGAAGGAGGUGGUAGCAGAGUCCCUCAACAACACCAGCAUAAAGGACUUCUACACAGGAUCUUCUCAGACCGUCAGCAGCAAGCACGUGCUCAUUAUGGAUGAGGUGGACGGUAUGGCUGGCAAUGAAGACCGGGGAGGGAUCCAGGAAAUGAUUAGCCUGAUUAAGCAGACCAAGAUCCCCAUCAUCUUCAUGUGCAAUGACCGCAACCACCAGAAGAUCCGCUCUCUGGCCAACUACUGCUUCGACCUGCGCUUCCAGAGACCUCGCGUUGAGCAAAUCAAGGGCGCCAUGAUGUCCAUCGCUUUCAAGGAGGGCCUGAAGGUCCCGCCUCCCGCUCUCAAUGAAAUCAUCCUGGCGUCCAAUCAGGACAUCAGACAGGUGCUGCACAACCUGAGCAUGUGGUCCGCAAAAGACAAGGUCAUGACCUACGACCAGGCCAAGGCUGACGCCCAAAACGCCAGGAAGGACAUGAAGCUGGGUCCUUUCGAUGUGUGCCGGAAGGUGUUCACCAGUGGAGAGGAGACGGCGCACAUGUCGCUGAUUGACAAGUCGGACCUGUUCUUCCACGACUACUCUCUGGCGCCCCUCUUUGUCCAGGAGAACUACGUGCACGUGCGGCCGGCCGCGGCGGGGGGGAAUCUGAAGAGCCACCUGGUGCUGCUGAGCAAGACCGCGGACAGCAUCUGCGACGGAGACCUGGUGGACCGACAGAUCCGCUCCCGUCAGACCUGGUCACUGCUGCCCACACAGGCGGUCUACGCCAGCGUGCUCCCGGGGGAGCUCAUGAGGGGUUAUAUGAGUCAGUUCCCCACCUUCCCCAGCUGGCUGGGAAAGUUCUCCUCCACAGGCAAACACAACCGCAUCAUCCAGGAGCUGGCCUCUCACAUGAGUCUGCGAACCCACUGCAGUAAGCAGGCGGUGAACCUGGACUACCUGCCCUACCUGCGGUCGGCCCUGCUGCACCCCCUGGAGAGGCGGGGGUCCGAGGGGGCCCCCCAGGCCGUCCAGCUCAUGGACGACUACGACCUCGUCAAGGAGGACGUGGACAACAUCAUGGAGAUAAGCACCUGGGCGGGGCGGCCCGAACCCUACUCCAAACUGGACCCCAAGGUCAAAGCGGCCUUCACGCGGGCGUACAACAAGGAGGCGCACCUGACGCCGUACUCCCUGCAGGCGGUGAAGAAGGGCAAGCGUGGAGGCGCCGAGCCGGAGCUGGGGGUGGAGGGGGCGGAGCAGGAGGCGCAGGAACCGGAGGAGGAAGAGGAGGAGGAGGAGGGCGUGGCCUCCGACGCUAUGAUCAAGAAGAAGAAGGCAAAAGCCUCCAAGGACACCAAGCAGGUAAAAGUGGAGGAUUCUGGGAAGGGCAAGGGCAAAGGAAAGGGAAAGGGCAAGGGAAGUGCCAAAAAGUGAGAGGCGGACAGGCACUUUGACCAACCCCAAACCCUCCCGGGAGAGAACUCUGAACACUGGGGCCAUGGUGGGACACCUGCAGAAGACUUCAGGCCUAUCCGCCCCCUCUGCCCCCCUCCCCAAACUGUUCUCUUCAGCUGUCUCAAGAUGAUACAACUAAAAUCUAACCACAGAAACCCAAGUAACCUUUCACUAGUUGGAACAAUAAGAUGUGUGUUGGCACGCUGUAUAUGGCUUGCUGCUCAACCUGUCCCUGAAUUGCUGUUGAUUCAAGGUGUCUGUACGUGACAGUAGAGGUAGGUGGUUUUUUUUUUGAGGGACAGAGGCUCGAUUGGCGGUCUUGGGGCCGGAGAGGGGUCGGGGGCGUGAACGCUCGCACCCCGAAAGGCGCGUAGUUUUGUCCCAUCUCGCUGCCCGUAGGACUCAGCGGCUUUGUCAGAUUGUACAACAGUGCGGAAGACUCGGCGAGCACUGGUCUGCCGCAGGAUCAGACUGUAAAUAUGUACUUCUUGUUUCCCUUUUCCUUUUUACCCAACUUGUGUACACUUACUAUAUCAGAGCUGCACUGGUUCAGCAUCGGUAAUGUUUCUCUUUUUUUUGCUGGGCUGAAGUUUGGAAUAUGAACCCCAUGUGCUUUGAACAAGCUGGGGAUUUUUUCCCCCUACCUUUACAUUUCUUUUGUAUAAGGUUAACAGAAUAAUAAAGAAUUUAAUAGCUGGCU